GAAAUAUUCAACUACCUGAGCAGUGGGUAUAGAAAAUUAUUAGAGGCAACUUGAUUCUCAUCACGACCCUUGAGCCCCCAGCUCCAGAUACGCUUCUGAAACUCAUUGCCUGUAAGUCCCAGAAAGGCUGCAAGGGCAGAUGCGGAUGCAGAAGAAUUAGGUUACACUGCUUUAGACUUUGUUUGAAUUGUGAAGGAAGCUGCUUCAAUAUAGAAAUACUCAGUGAUGAUGACGAUCAAGACGUUUCACCUGAGAAGAUCGAAGUGGGAAGACCAGCGCCCAUCCUUCAAAAAUUAGAGCAGUCCACUGCCCGGAGAGGAGUAGAAAGAAAAUCUUACGUUGCUCAGCAUAUACAGCCUGGUCCAUCCAACUAAACGGAAUAUCUGCGAACGCAAUCCUGAGCCUCAUGAAGGUGAUAAUUCUGCAGAUGAGGACGACGAAUGAAUAUAGAAAUUAUUUAAUUUUCACUUGAACAAAAGUAUUUCUUGAACCAGACAGCUGAAAGUAAUGAUAUCCUCUUAUCUUGAAGCACUACUAAUACAAGAAUUACAAAAGCAUAAUAAUUAUUCUAAUAUUAUUUUUGAUGUUUACUUAGUUCAAGAAUCAAGAAAAUGGCCGAUUUCAAACAGUUAUUUUCUCAUCGACCAACGCCCAUAAAUUUUCCGAUAGCCCACAUACCUAUUUAAUUUACCCUGUUUGUAUUAAUUGAUUUCUUCGAGAUUUUUUUUUCUUCGGAUUUAUGCCAGCUAUGCACGUGUUUUAUUUAUUUGCGCGGCCUCCGUCGCUUUUUUCCAAGACCGGCUCUCCGAGUGACAAAACAAAUUCAGUUGCAUAAUAAUGGUCCAUAUGAGAUUCGCCCAUAACCAGAGUAAGUAUAUAAGACCCAUGGCUGGGCUUGGUUUUUGGCCAUAUCGAUUUGUACAAAUUGGUCAGUGGUGUUAAAUAUUUUUAUUGAAAAAAAAAAAAACUGUUUUGUGACAAUUUUUGCAGAGAGAUUUUCAAUUGAUCAUUUGUUAUAAUGAAAUUCUAUCUAGUUGUAGCCUUUUCGGUCCUUAUAACCGUAAAAGCCAGCCCCAUCUUGCAACCAAUAUCAGCACCGAUAGCUGUAGCCCAUGCACCAGUCGUGAGAGCCGAACCCUAUAACGCUCACCCUCAAUACAAAUUUGAAUAUGGAGUUAGCGACCCACACACUGGUGACCAAAAAUCCCAAGAAGAAGUCCGAGACGGUGACGUGGUCAGAGGCUCCUAUUCUCUAGUGGAACCGGAUGGCUCGAAACGUCGUGUAGACUACGUGGCCGACCCCAUCAACGGAUUCAAUGCUGUAGUCAAAAAAGAACCAUUACAUCAUGUGACUCCUCUAGUUAGCCACGCCCCUGCUGUAGCUGUGGCGCAUGCUCCCGCCCUAGCUGUCGCACAUGCCCCAUUAGCCAUUGCCCAUGCGCCUACGCCGUUGGCCUUGGCCCAUGCACCAUUAACGCUCGCGCAUGCUCCUACUUUAGCCCUAGACCACGCCCCACUAGCUUAUAGCCACCUUCCAUUGGCUUAUAACCAAGCUUCAGUAGCGUAUAGCCACGCCCCUAUCACAUUAUCUAGAGGCAUCAGUAGUUUGAGUCAAACGAUUUUGCACUGA